AUGAAAUUUCCGGUGAUUUCUUCCAUUGUGACCAGUGGACUGCCUUUAGGAAAAGCAUCUUCUUACACACCAAAUUAUGCCAAAGCAAAAAUACGUGCAGCACGUUUUUUUCAGCUGGUGGAUCGGACCCCGAUCAGUGUUUACAGUGACAUUGGAGAAAAAUGGGAUAAUUUCCAUGGAAGUAUUGAAUUUCUGAAAUGUACAUUCACAUAUCCUACCCGUCCUGAUGUCAAAGUGCUAAACAGUCUUUCAGUGUCAGUAAAAUCCGGUCAGACUCUUGCCUUUGUGGGAAGCAGUGGAUGUGGCAAAAGUACUAGUGUCCAGCUUCUGGAACGAUUUUAUGAUCCUGAUGAAGGAAAAGUGUUGAUAGAUGGUCAUGACACCAGGAAAGUCAACAUCCACUUUCUGAGAUCUAAAAUUGGAAUAGUGUCUCAGGAACCUGUGCUGUUUGACUGCAGUAUUGCUGAAAAUAUUAAAUAUGGUGAUAACAUCAGAGAUGUUUCUAUGGAAAAAGUGAUAGCAGCAGCCAAGAAGGCCCAGCUACAUGACUUUGUCAUGUCACUUCCUGAUAAAUAUGAAACUAAUGUUGGAGCUCAGGGAGCACUGCUUUCUCGUGGGCAAAAGCAGCGUAUUGCUAUAGCUCGAGCCAUUGUUCGAGAUCCCAAGAUCUUAUUAUUGGAUGAAGCAACAUCUGCCCUGGAUACUGAAAGUGAACAGACUGUGCAGGCUGCUCUGGAUAAAGCUCGAGAAGGCCGAACCUGCAUUGUUAUAGCUCACCGGUUGUCUACUAUUCAGAAUUCAAACAUUAUAGCUGUGAUGUCACAAGGAGUCAUCAUUGAAAAGGGCACACAUGAAGAAUUGAUGGCUCAGGAAGGGGCGUACUACAAACUUGUCACAACUGGCGCACCAAUUAGUUGAGCCUUCCCACUCACUCUACAGCAUGGCUGACAUACCUUUCUUUGAGGAUGUACAAAGACCAGUAUAAACAUGUCAGCAAUCUUUAUUUUUUUAAAAAAGAGAGCUGAGCUGUUAUAUAAUACCUAUGCUGGUGAAAACAUUUUAUGGAAGAAGUGCUGUCCUGAUGGCUCUGGUUAGGAUCGGCACUAUCACUAGGAAACUAUGACAACAUUGCAAGAAAACCGUAAAGGACUGUUUAGAAAAAUCAGCUGAGUGUCUGAUCCAUGAAAAUAUUUUAUAACUAGAUUAUAUGUUUCUAAGCAUGCAAGUUCAAUGAAGCAAAUAACAACAGAGCAACACCAUCCUGGGUCCAGAGUGAAGCAUCCAACCAUGUGCCUUAUUGUUAAUGAACGUGACAAUUAUAAUUAUGGAAACACUCAGAUCUAAAUGUUCAUAAGUAUAGAGGAGACAUUGUAAGUGCUUCUAUAUUAUAAGGUCCUCCUUAUCAUAAUCUCUCCUCUGCUUUCUCUCAGUCUAGCCUACUUCACAGGGCUGUUGUGAAGAAAAAAUAUGAUUGUAUACCCCAACCACAAGCUUCUAGGGGGAAAGGAGAGAUAUAAAUGUAAUAAAUAUUUGUUUCUGUGAAAAAGACAGUUCAUUGGGCUAUGAGGUAUGCCCUGUUCCUUAUCUACCUUGACACUGUGUUUGAAAAAACAUUGCUGAAGACAUGGAUGAGGAUAUAAAACAGAGCUGUUCUGCUUCCUCCUUGAGGUCUAACAGGUUGGGUUUUAUUUUAAAAAGAAAAUAAAUCUUCAGUUGCAUUACCAGAAAAA